CACACCAAACUCUAAAAGGAAAGAGCGCAAGCCAAUAAUGAAUUGGCUAUCGAAAAGGUUAGGCAGACGUUCUUCUACCAACGUACCACCUUCUCCUUCGAUAAAUUACGAGCUAGACGAUACCUACAAGCCAUCCACUAAACGUAGAUCAACUUUGAAUGGAAUCGUAUCGCACAACUCGUUCUCUACUUUGAAGCGCCCAGAUAGCCUCUCUGGAGCAGAUGAAGACGCUUCUUUGAAACCGCUCAAUAGCACGAAAUCAUUAACUUUCACUACGAACUCUAGCUCACAAUCUGUAGACACCAAUAAUAGUGAUGAUAUUGAAUCUAAAACCUUCAUUAGCAAAGCCAGCACAAAGCCAACCACUGUUUUGUCACUUGACGCACAUGACGGAGUAGCUCAUAUCGCUCAGGCUCCCUCGCCGUCUCUCAGCCAACAAAAUAUGCCAUCUACGAGCUAUAACCAUUAUAAUCAUCCACCUAUGUACACACGCCCACAGAUUCACAAUAAUCCUAGGCCGUUAUCACCACCUAACGAUGAUGCUUCUAUUAUGACACUCGCGUCUUCAAAUGCAGGAAGGUUACAACAGGCUGACAACUCAAUUAGGAAAUCUUCAAUUCACUCUUCGUCGAAGCUAGACGAUGAUGAAUUCUCAACUAGAGCACUAGCACCUAAUUCCCGUAGAGCUAGUUAUGAUUCAACUACAACACAAUCCUUACGUAGUUAUAAUAUCGGCACUAGUCCGCUCAACCCAAUUCGUAGUCCUGAUUUAAUUUAUCCUGGUAGUAAUAAUACUUAUAAGAAGAGUUCAACAACUGUCGCGACGACUGCCGCUAGUUUCAUCACUGCUUCUGAAAGACAAUCACUUGAUUCAGUCUCACCUGCAUAAUUUAUUUACUGGUUUUUAAGGAGAUACCCUUCCAAAUCUAAAAUCUCUCUGUUUCUGUCUCAUAAUUAUUUUACGAUAUUUCAUGUUCAUAUU